AUGAUUUGUGCGACAGUGGAAGACAAUAGCACGGACAUUGUCAUCGAAAAUCCGCUUAGUGAACGUGCUGUGAUUCAAUUGCUAGAAGACCCACUGACAGGCCAUGCCCCAGGCCGUGAAUACAUUGGGGGAGAUCUUUACGACUAUGUCACUGCUAUGCCCGGUCGACGUCUCCCGGAGACCGAAGCGCUGUUGUAUUUUGCUCAAAUUGUCAAAGGACUGUGCUUCCUCCACGCUAUUGGCGUCGCCCAUCGGGAUCUCUCUCUCGAGAAUGUGCUGUUAAAAGACGGACAUGUGAAGAUCUGUGACUUUGGUCUGAGUGCCGAUGCUGAUCAUUUUUCUGCCGAUGUCGUGGGCAAAUUUUACUACAUGGCGCCGGAAGUGACACAGCAUGCUGUGUAUGAUCCUAAAUGCGCCGACAUGUGGUCGCUUGGAGUGAUACUGUUUAUCAUGUUAACGGGAUCACCGUUGUUUGUUGAUGAAAACGCCCGCGCACCGACCCUUCGUGUAUUAAAAAAGUACGGUGUAGGUAAGAUCCUAGAGCUUUGGGGCUUGAAGCAGCACUUGUCCAAGCCUACAAUCAAUCUAUUGGCGAGCAUGCUGCAAUUGGAGCCUUCACGUCGUCUUAGUGCAGAAGAUGUGGCACAUCACCCACUUAAGCGAGCCAUGACCAGGUGCAAGACGUCAGACGUGAUUAUUUCGUCUGCUUAA